AAUGCAAGUAGAAUGUGUGGGCUUAUUCCAUGACGGGUUAUUUCAAGCCUGUUGACCAAAUUGUUGUGGAGUAACUCUGUGGUAUUUUGAGCUUGUGGGAGCUAUUAAAAUUAACGGAUAAUAUCAGGCAGUGUGCUAUAUGACUAAAUGAACAAUCAAAUUAAAAAAAUUCCUCUGACUAGUUGGACUCGGCCUGAAGCCCUGUCCAAUCUUGGUAGUCCCCAGAUUUUUUUCAUCCAGUAUCCUAUUAUGUAAUUAUACUACCUUCCACCACCCUUCACCAUCCCCUACCCAAACAAUAUGAAUAGCAGAUGAACACGUAUGGUGGUUAGCCUGAAUGGUACUAUGGUUAGCCUGACUGAACAGUGUUAGAGUAACCCUUACAAUCAUUGACUGCUAACACUGUUGAAUCAAUGGUAUUUAGGCUAGCUGUAGUGAAGUUGUUUUGAUACCCUUUUCGUCUGGUUGAAAAAAAAUGUUUUUUCCCCCUGACAUGUUACGGAAGUGUGAGAAAAUCAACAUAUUUUACCCAGUUCUGGCACACAGUAUAGUAUCUAGGGGGAUGUGUGCAAACAUUUACACUACUUUUCUAUAAAUUUCCAUCGAAGUAUGACAACUUGCUCGUUUUUGCUCUCACUGUGAGGGGGAUUACAGUGCAACCCGUUAAAACGACCACCUCGUUUGUGCGGCCAGAUUUUUGUGGCCCGUUGGUGACCGGAUUACAGUGUAACGGCGUUCCGCAGUGGAAACUCUUUGAGAGAGUUGUAACCAAGGUAACAAAACCGACGCGAAAAGCCUGGGCACCAGUCAACAAUCAAAGAUGGCGGAUUUCAUGGAGGAUGUCGGAGUUGGCUAUUAUCGAUCGUUAGAUCCCCCAAAGAAUUUCGUUGUCAAGGUAAACCUACGGCGAGUAACAGCAGCGAGCUAUCUUCCAGAGUUUAAAUUCGGCUCACAACAAAAUGUCAAUGCUCAAGAAGGAGCUGAAGUCGCUGGUGAAGCAAUGGAAAUGCCAGAGUUAAGACGUGACCAUGGCAAACAAGACCAAGAUUCAGAGGAAUGCGUGUUUUAUUGGCAGCAAAAGAUGUUCUCUGAGUGGGAGAUGGAACUGUAUAAAGAUUUACAUAAUGACUUUGGACCGCUGGAGCAGAAGUACCACGCAGAAAUAUUAAAAUUGAGAAAGAAGGGUGGAAGACCAAACAAAAGAUUGUUUUCCUAUGUUGAGAGUGAUAGUUUUGUUAACCUGGAUGAGGAAUCAAGAACUCUUACAACUUGCCCUUCUGAAGUGCCAAGCUUCUUGGCAAAGAACAUGACAAGCGUUAGAAGAAGAAAUGUUGGAACCAAGGUCGAUCGAAGAAAUCGGCCUGGAGGGUUUGCUUCUCGUGCCAAUCCCGUGGUUGUCCAUGAGACUGAGACAAGCAAGACAACAGCACAUGUAAUAAACAUUCCUUACAAGACCAUGCAUAUCAUGGCAGACCUCUCUCCAGAAGGAAAAACUGAAAGCAAUCAAGAGGAUGAAUAUGUUCUGUUCUCUGUCAAGAUUGAUGUCAAUGGUCAAAUUUUUGUCAAACCUGAUUUCAAUGGGGAAAGACCUCCAUAUCGUAUUGAGACAUGUAAUGAUCUCAGAGAGGUUUAUGAAUAUACCAUUGAGCACUGUUCCAUGCAAAUGACAAGUGAUCAAAGAGAACAAGAAUUUAAGAGUUUCAAUGAGCUCUAUAAUAGACAUGCUUUGUAUCUGGCCUCACAAGUUGGAUCUGGCUUUGAUCCUGUGCCAGAACCUGGAGUUUUGAGGAUGAAUAUUUUGGGGGAAAUAGUGUCUGCUAAAGGCUUUGACUAUGAUGGCCUACAUGUGCACUUUUUUCUGGACUUGCCUCAAAAUUGGAGGCCUAUGGAUGAUCCAGUGUUGUCAGGAGUCACACAAACCUGUGUAACAAAGCUGGAAGGAGAGGACUAUGUUGCCCAUUUCAGUUUUCCCUUUGACUUCUCAUUAGUUUACCAAGAGGAUGAAGAUUCUGAUGAUUUUAUUCACUGGCCCACCCUAUUUCUUGAAGUGCUGUCAUUGGAUAGCUGGGAAAGAUUCAGGACUGAGGGUUAUGCAUACAUUACCAUACCCAAUAAAGCUGGUAGUUAUACUGUUGAGGUUAACACUUGGAGGCCAAUAGGAAAUGGUCCAGUUCCUGAGAUGAGACGGUUCUUCAUUGGUGGAUCACCAGAACUGGAGGAUCCUACUUAUCCUCAAAAGCCUGCUAUGGCUGAUGAAAAAGUUUUGAGCAAAUAUUUCUUCAGGACAGCUGCUUCUGGAAGUGUCACUGUACAGUUUCAUAUUAUGCAACAAUGCCAAUCUUUUAUGGACUCAAAAACAAAGAAAACCCGGCGCACCAAAACCAUACUGGACAGAUUAGGAGGGAUGAAUGCCCUGGAUUCUCUGUCACAAGUUAUGGAUGCAUUCCAAAGGGCAAAAAAACGAAUGUUACAUGCACGUGAAGGCCUUCCAUCUGUGAAAUAGAGAAAUGGUGUAGUUGGUCUUGAGUA